AUGGGUACACACCUGGAAUCAUCCGACAGGCCUGUAACGGCCCCGUUAGCUGAUUUGGCAAACCGAGGAGCUCAACUGAGCGAAGUUUUGAAUAAAUUCAAUGAGCUGAAUAUGGAAAUGACCACACAACGGCGCGUGAUCGACCAGUUGGUUGCUGGUAGUGGUAGCGGUGGUCAACCUGAGCCUUUACCUACUAACCAACCUGAACCGCAACCAAUACUUUUACCCUAUACUCAAACCCCCUUUACCCCGCGUUUUGCAAAUCCGCAUGAAGAAACUUUUAUCUAUCUCACUCAUGCCCUACCCCAUACCCAGGCACCCGCUAUCCAAACCAAUCCUCCUCACCCCCAAAUUCCCCAAAAUUAUUCACACAUUAGUCCGAAUAUGCCACUCGAACCUCAGGGACCACAUUAUUAUUCCAUCACUGAGCCAUUUAACAUGGAUACCGCCACCCAAGGGAAAGCAGAAGCUGGGGAGUCGUCCGCGUCGAUAGAUAAGAAUUUGCUAAAGCGAUUGGAUCGGUUUGAGGAGUUCAUAAGGAAAAGCCAAGGUUUGAACAAACAAGGAGAUCUGGACUACAACGAGCUGUGCCUAUUUUCGGAUAUGCAAUUGCCCAUGGGUUUCAAAACGCCCAAGUUUAGCAAGUAUGACGGAACGGGCAACCCUAAGAUGCAUCUCCGAAUGUUUGCCAACAAGUUGGGCAAGCCAAUAAAUGAUGAAAACUUGCCAGUUCGGUUAUUCCCCGAGAGCUUAGAAGGCGAUGCACUAGACUGGUAUUCCAAUUUAAAGCCUGAAGAUAUGAGGACAUGGGUGGAUUUAUCAACUGCAUUUGUAAGACAAUACGAGUACAAUUGUGAGCUUGCUCCAACGAGGGCCACACUUGAGGGGACUAAAAGAAAGCCAUCUGAGGAUCACAAGACGUAUGCAAGGAGAUGGAGAAAAUUGGCAGCCAAAGUGGAGCCUCCCAUGACUGAAAAUGAUAUUGUUCGCACGUUUAUCAAAGCUCAUGACCCGCCCUAUUUUGAGGAAAUUUUUCGAAUGACUGGGUGUUCCUUUGCCGAAAUUGUUAAUAAAUUGGAAGAAUUUGAUGAGUUUGUGAAGGCCGAAAAAAUUGUUAAUGUGUCAACAUUGAAGAUGCAACUAGAGGCUCUGCAAGGCCAGAAUAACAGUGGGAAGAAAUCCCAAUUUAAGGGAAAAGAAGGGGAAACUGCUUUUGUUGGGGAUCAGGGCCCCUCGGCCAGACCUAGAUUUUCAAACCGCAUUGCUUAUUCAUCAGCCUAUCCAUACUACCCAAACUCCCGUCCUAUCCACCAUACUCAACCUCGACCAAAUUAUCCAAAUGUACUCGCACCACCCUUUCAAAACCCUCAACCAAAUCUCCAAACUAGACCUCGCCCUCCUUUUAACCCAAGACCUAUUCCACCCCCUAGCCCAAAUUACUACUACCAACAAACCAGUGACACCCAAAAUUCAACGCCAUACCGAACCUUCACCAAUCUAGGUCGGCCUGUUGACCAAUUAUAUGAGCAAUUGAAAGCUGCCGGGAAAAUUGGUGUUAUACCUCCUAAGAUCUAUUCUAAGCGCUUUCCCUCUGACUAUGACCCUCAAGCAGUCUGCGCUUAUCAUUCUGGAGCUCCCGGGCAUUCCACCAAUGAUUGUCGGGCAUUGAAACAUAAAAUCCAGGAUAUGAUCGAAUUCGGAGAAAUAGUGCUAAGGAAAAAGGGAGAUUUUCUAAGUCACAUGGCAAAUAAUGUCAAUACACCUUUAUCCAUUUUGCAAAGGAAGGAUUGUCGCAUUGGUGCCAUCAUUUCUUAA